GAUAAUGAAGAGAGUGAUGACGAUGAUAGUGACGAUGAGCUUGAAGAUUUAUUGAAUUUUGAUUCCGAUAAUAAAAAUCUGUUCUUGGACGUUUUCAAAAAUAUAAAUACAGAUUCAUCAAAGCCAGAUGAAGAGGUUUUGAAUGUUACUAUUAAGAAAAAUUUAAAUGAAAGCAAUAAGAAAAAAAAUAGGAAAUUUUUAAUAAUUUCUAAAGAAGAAAGAGAUUUUAGGAAAAAAAUCCAUAUACUAUAUCUAGUUUGUAUGAUAAUCCAUGGGAAAAUUAGAAAUAAAUGGAUAAAUGAUCCAAUGUUAUUAAAUUUUCUAUUGGCUAAUUUUAUUACAAAGAAAGUGCUUACUGAAUUGCAUCCUCAUAAAUUUUCAAAUAAAAAACAACUAAAUGGAUUAUAUUCUCGGAAAUUUUUAGAUGGUUUAAAACGGUUGAUGUUAUUUUGGUCAAAUAUUUUUAAAGUGAGUAAUUAUAAUUCAGGGAUAUUUAAAAAAAAAUGGAGCGAAAUAUUGAGUAAUGAUUUCCCAUCAGAAUCAAUUGAUUUUAAUAAAUUUGUUGAUUAUAUAUUGAGACUUAAUGCUGGUAGAGAUAUUGCAGUACAAGGGUUUGUUGCGUUAUUAAGAGCGGCGGAUGUUAAUGCAAGACUAGUAUUUUCCUUGCAACCACCAGAUUUUACAAGUAUAUCUAAAACAAAUUUAGAUUUAAAUUUAGAAAUGGAAACAGAUAGUUUGAACAAAAGAAAGAGGCUGGGUUUAUCUCCAACUCCAUUAUUAAGACCAUUGAAUCCAUAUUUAUCACCAUAUCCUGUAUUUUGGGCCGAGGCAUGGAAUCCGUAUAUUAAAAAAUGGAUAACGAUUGAUCCAGUACACUUUAAAAUUGUUGAAAACAUUGUUAGAAAAUCCAAAUUAGAACCACCAUUAAAUGAUGUUAGAAAUCAAUUAACAUAUGUGAUUGGUUUUGAUAAAUUUGGAAAUAUAAAGGAUAUUACUAGAAGAUAUGCAAGCAAUUAUCUAUCGAAAACCAGAAGAAAAAGAAUUGAUAGGGUUGAUAACUGGAGUUUAUGGUAUAAAAAAAUGUUGGAAAAGUUAUCUAAAAAAAGCAACAACAAGAAAAGUAAAUUAGAAAAAGAAAUAGAUUUUUUAGAGGAUUUGGAGUUUAAAAAAAGAGAUAUUAACGAAGGUAUGCCUAAUAGUUAUCAGGAUUUUAAAAAUCAUCCAGUGUAUGCUUUAGAAGAACAAUUGAAGCAAAAUGAAAUAUUAUAUCCUAAAAAAGCUUGUGGGACAAUAAAAUUAAAAGGUAAAAACAAAUUGUUAAAAGUUUAUCGAAGAGAAAAUGUUCAAAAACUAAAAUCUGUUAGAGCUUGGUUUAUUAGUGGACGGAUAUUAAAGGUAGGAGCACGAACAUUGCGAAUUAGAAAGGCUAAGCCUAUGAAAUUACGAGGGAAAAAUUUUACAAGAGACUUUGAUGAAGAAAAUGAGGAUGUUAGAUUAUAUGCUGAGUUUCAAACCGAAUUGUAUAAACCUCCACCGGUAAAGGAUGGAAAGGUUCCAAAAACCGAGUAUGGGAAAAUUGAGGUUUUUCAGAAAUCAAUGAUUCCAGAAGGAGGUGCAUUGAUAAGGGAAAAAUUUGCUGCAAGAGCUGCAAAGAUUAUCGGUGUUGAUUAUGCAUUAGCAGUUGAGGGAUUUGAGUUUUCUGGAAGAAGCGUAACUUCAAAAAUUCCAGGCAUAGUUGUUGCAGAAGAAUACAAAGAAGCAGUAUUAUUAGUCUGUGAUCAACUUUGUCAAGAGCAAAUUGAGCAAGAAAGAAAUGAUAUUGAAAUGAUUGCAUUGAAUGCUUGGAAAAUAUUAAUAAAUAGCUUGGUUGUGGAAGAUAGAUUAAACAGAGAGCAUGGGGAAAUCAUUGAGGACAAAAAAACAAUAAAUUCAAAAGAUAUUAUGGAAUCUGAUUUAAAAGAUAAU